AAACAAAAAAGCAUUGUUAGAGUUCGUGGGUUGGUUGCCUUGCCUUGCCUGGCUUCGUUGUCGUUUCGCCGGCCAAAGACAAGAAUUGUUGCCGUUUUAGUAUUUGCUUUGGACAUUCUCUCUCUUUCUCUCACUCAUUUGAUAAUUGAAGAUGAACGACCUUCUCACUGAUUCGUUUGUUGGUGAGGCUAAUAAUGGCCAGCCUUCUAGACAAAGUGAUAUUGAAAUGGGACAGGUUCCCAGAAGCAACUCUGAUAUGGGAAUGGAUGCUUUUAAUAAGCAGAUCCAAGAGGCUGAUAAACAAAUCGAUAAGCUGUUUGGGCUGCUUCAAAAGCUAAAGGAAGCUAACGAGGAAUCAAAAUCUGUUACAAAAGCAUCAGCCAUGAAAGCAAUCAAGAAGAGGAUGGAGAAAGAUAUUGAUGAAGUUGGAAAGAUUGCUCAUGGUGUCAAAACAAGAAUAGAAGCUAUAAGCAGAGAUAACCUAUCCAAUAGGCAAAAGCCUGGCUGUGAGAAGGGAACAGGUAUUGACAGAGCAAGGAUGAAUAUGACUAAUGCCUUGGCUAAAAAAUUCAAGGAUCAUAUGACAGAGUUUCAGACCCUUAGACAAAGAAUACAAGAUGAAUAUCGUGAGGUUGUGGAGAGAAGAGUUAUUACAGUUACGGGAACUAGGCCAGAUGAUGAGACAAUUGAUCACCUGAUAGAAACUGGAAAUAGUGAGCAAAUCUUCCAGAAAGCAAUUCUAGAAGCAGGCAGAGGACAGGUUGUUAACACAGUAGAAGAAAUUCAGGAGAGACACGAUGCUGUGAAAGAAAUUGAGAAAAAACUUCUUGAUUUACACCAGAUUUACCUUGACAUGGCAGUCUUAGUUGAUGCUCAAGGGGAAAUUUUAGAUAACAUUGAAAGUCAGGUCAACAAUGCAGUCGAUCAUGUCCAGAGAGGGACAUCUGCACUUCAAAAUGCUAAGAAACUCCAGAAGAACUCUCGAAAAUGGAUGUGCAUUGCCAUCAUUAUACUGUUGCUAAUAGUAGCCAUCAUAGUUGUGGGUGUUGUCCAACCUUGGAAGAGUAGCAAAGGCGCUUGAGUCUCACCCUUUUACCCUUUGUGCAUAUACGAGAGUUGAGUUGGUUGGGAAAACAUGUGCAUGUGUGUCAGCGGAACAUUUUAGAGCAGGAUUUUUAAGCUUUUGUUUUGUAUGAUAUGAUGCUUGAUUUGUGUGGUGUGUUUGUUUCUGACUUGCUAUACUUUGGCCUGCGUCACGAUAUGAUAUUCAUAUUCUUUGUAACCUUCAAAAGAUUAUCAGGGUGUCUUAUUUCCUUGUACCAUUCUAAAAUGUUUUUGGUGCCUUUUGCUGGUU